AUGCCGCAAUACGCGAAUUGGACCGAUCAUUCGUGGUAUCUCCGAUUCCGUGGCUACCUUUUCACACAACCAGCCAUCUCAAACAAGACUAUCGAAAACUAUCUUAGCACACUGCUGGGGUUCCCUGCGUGGACUUUGAAGGAGGACCAGUACUGGCAUGCCAUGCAAAUGGCUCGUGGGUUAUUUGUCCUGCUGAAGCCGAACAUGCGGUUAUCUUGGCGCCUCUUGCCCAAAGGCGGCUUGCACCGAGCCGUGCCCGGCAGAGGCAGUCGAAUUUGGCCUCCCGUCAAAAACCAGGUGAUCGCCCCGAAUCUCACGGAUUUUGUAGGGGAUUAUGAUUUUUUCACGAAUAUAGGCGGGUUACUAGACGACCACAUCCGCCCCGGAAAUUCGCUAGACAAUGUACAAAUCGUGCACCUCCACAGCAACGCGACGUCGGAUGUUGGAAUUCCCAUGUCUUACCUCGUUCCACCUUCAGGUAUUACCAUUGUCAGCGACAUUGACGAUGUGCUUCGUGUAUCAACAAUUUACCACAUCAGUCAAGGAUUUAGAAACUUAUUGACGCGACCGUUCUAUCCCUGGAUGAACAUGCCCCAAAUCUUCGGAAACUGGUCCAAAUCGCUACCAAAUGCCCAUUUUCACUACUUGACCACUGCGCCAGACCAAAUGGCCCAGAGCUACAUGGAUUUUAUCUACGACAAAUAUCCCCAUGGAAGUUUCGACUUACGAGCGGUGAAUUUCAAAAAAUUCCGCUCAAGCUGGUCGGUUCGCAGUGGGCUGCUUGAAUUGGUGCUCCAAAGUUACCCGAAACGGAAAUUUGUUCUCAUCGGGGAUAAUAGCAACCACGAUAUAAUGAAGAAUUACCCGCUACUGGCACUCAAAUACCCGGACCAGAUCAAGUGCGUGUUCGUGCGCAAUGUCUCAGCCACAGAUAGCUCCUUUCGAUGGCCCUACACUACCAAAUAUUUCAAGCCACUCAACCGGGAACAGUACAUGAUCUUUCGAUAUCCAGUAAGUUUAGCCCAUUUGAUCAUGCUGGAACUAGGUCGUACUGAGCAUGAUGUUAGGAUGAUCUGA